CAUGCCGUGCGGACAACGACGACAGAACAUCGCAAACAGCUAUCGUUGCAGACGACACAGUGCAUUGACGUGUGUACAUUGUGACUUUGUUGUGACAUCUUUCCUAAAAAGAUAUUAAUCUCAACAUUCAUCCUGAGUCAAGCUCCUUCUGUAUUCUACCAUCAUGAGUCUCGUAACGAAUGGAACGAAUGGAUCCAAUGGAACCAGGAAACGUAACUCGACUAGCAGCAGUAGUGAGGGGUCCUCCGUGACUCCCUUAUCAGUAUCACGAAGCCCCUCCCCUUGCAAUACCCCCCUCAUUGAUCGAAUCCUGCAGAGAAUUGCGUGCAAGGAGAAGUGGUUUUCAUUGGAGUUUUUCCCUCCAAGAACAGCGAAUGGAGCUGUCAACUUGCUUGCAAGAUUGGAGCGUAUGUUCCAAGGCGGUCCUCUAUUCUGUGACAUCACAUGGCACCCUGCUGGAAACCCAGGCGCAGACACAGAAACAAGCUCCAUCACCAUAGCACACAGCUCAGUCAACUACUGCGGUAUAGAAACCAUGCUACAUAUGACAUGUGUCAAGCAGACAAAGGCCGAUAUCACCAAAUAUCUGAACCGUGCCAAAGACUGCGGAAUACGCAACAUAUUGGCACUUAGAGGAGAUGUUCCUGGAGACUUGGAGUGGGAGAAGACGGACUCUGAGGAUAGUUUUAAUUAUGCUGUUGACCUUGUGAGGCACAUCAAGAAGACCUUCGGUGAUCAGUUCACAGUCUGUGUCGCAGGGUACCCUGGUGGCCAUCCCGAGGCUGAAAGUUAUGAAGAAGAUCUGCGCCAUCUUAAGUUGAAGGUGGAUGCAGGAGCUGAGUUCAUCAUUACUCAACUUUUCUUCAAAGCCAGUGAGUUCAUGAAGUUCUACAAAGAUUGUCGCGCUAUCGGGAUCAAGGUGCCGAUCAUUCCUGGAGUCAUGCCAAUUCAGGGGUACGGUUCCCUUCGUAAUCUCGUCAAGUUGUCCAAACUACACAUCCCAGAAGAUAUCAUGAAAAUUAUUGAGCCAAUCAAAGACAACGACGCUGCCAUACGAAACUAUGGAAUCCACCAGGCUGUCACCAUGUGCAAAGAAAUGUUUGAAAGUGGUGAGGUACAUGGCCUUCAUAUCUACACUCUAAAUCGCGAAGUAGCAACCAUUGAGAUCCUCAAGCAGCUAGGAUUGUGGUCUGAAGAUCCUGUCCGACGUCCCCUUCCUUGGAAGAUGACCGCCAAUCACAUGAGGACUAAAGAAGAUGUGCGACCAAUCUUCUGGGGGGCAAGACCGAAGAGUUACAUUCACCGAACUAAAGACUGGGAUGAUUUCCCCAACGGUCGCUGGGGUGACUCCUCCUCUCCAGCCUUCGGUGAUCUCAAGGAUUACCAUCUCUUCUAUCUGAAGAGUAAAUCCUCAAAGGAAGAACUGCAGAAGAUGUGGGGAGAAGAACUCUCAUGUGAAGAAGAUGUAUUUGAGAUCUUCAAAUGUUACUUGGAUGGAGAGCCCAACCGUUACGGACAUCAGGUGAAGAGGAUGCCAUGGAACGAUGAUGAGAUUGCUCAGGAGACAUCUCGUCUCCGUGACAGACUCAUCAGUAUCAACAAGCGAGGCAUCUUGACGAUAAACUCACAGCCGAGUGUCAAUGGAGUUCCUUCAUCAGAUCCCGUCGUUGGUUGGGGAGCUCCUAAUGGCUACGUCUAUCAGAAGGCGUACUUGGAGUUCUUCACCUCCAGGGAGAAUGUUGCUGCCUUGCUGGACAUCUUGAGAGACUACCAAGCUGUCACUUAUCAUGUGGUCAAUCAUAAUGGUAAGGAGGAUAUAACCAACACGGAUAGACAGCGGCCGAUAGCCGUUACCUGGGGCGUCUUUCCAGGCGCUGAGAUUAUUCAGCCCACCAUCGUCGAUCCAAUCAGCUUCAUGACUUGGAAGGAUGAAGCAUUCGGACUCUGGAAGGAGCAAUGGGGUCACAUCUACGAGGAAGGUUCCCCAUCUCGGCAGAUCAUCAAUCACAUCCACGACACCUUCUACCUGGUCAAUCUGGUGAACAAUGACUACAUCAACGGUAAAGAUCUCCUCUUUGAGGUCUUGGAGAGGAUGCUUGUGAGGCGUGAAGAGAGACAGAGAGAGGAGACUGAAGGGCCUGAUAUGGAUGAGGAGAUUUGUACAAAGAAGCUUAAGAUGUAGCCAAGAAAAAGGGAAGAUACAAAGACCUAUAUUUAGCUUUAGUUGCCAAAUUUAUGUUAGAUUCUGUUUCUUUUCAUUCUACGGAAUUACAAGAUCUAUACUUAAAAUCUUUACUUAAAAUCUUUUUUAACAAAUGUGACGUAAGGAAAAGUCUUAAUGAUAUCCAACUUGAAACUUGGUCCAGUAAAAAGUAUAACUUGAUCCCCUACAAUCUUCUUGAUCGACAGCAAUUCGUUUUUUAAAAACUAGGGCCAGGUGAAAAUAAUGAACUUGUAGACUUAGAACCUCAGUGUAUAUAAAUGAUAAGAAGGCUAUUAAUUUGUUCUCUUAAACUACAAGGUCAAACGUUAUAUAAAAUCUUUUGUCUUAAAAGUGUGUACUACUUGUAUUAAGUGUGUUUACAAAACCAUUUAUGAAUUAAAUUUUGAACACCCAUACACAGUUCUGAAAGAAUGUGUAUGCCACAAUGUUACCAGGCUUGGUUGGUUCAAAACAAUGUGGCGUAGGAUCAUCAUCUAUAUUGACAGAUGCUCUUUUGUCUCCUGAAUUGGGGCAAGCUUUUGUGUAGUGACUCUGUAGACCAUGAACAUCCAUAAACUAUUCUACAAGAACAAUUAUGGCAGAAUAGUACCAGAGUUUGCUCAUCUGGAGGUUGCUAGAAACUAUCUCUACAGUCUGAGAUGGGUUACCAACAUAUCCAGAGUUUUAUUUAUUUGUAUGUAGCCAGUGGCAUUGGAGGUUAAGACUUACAAUUCACUGUUAUCUUUUUAGUUUGUGGCAUUGUGACUGGCUUAUUGUCUUGUUUGUGUUUUCCAUUGUUCUUUUUGAAAUAUAUGCCGAAAAAUAAAUUAUAACUAUAAGUUUUAAGCUUUCUAAAGCUAAUGAACUGAACUAUAAGUUUUAAGCAUUCUAAAGCUAAUGAACUGAAGAAGUUGAAAUCAGAGUUCAAUAUAAUAAGAAAUUCCAUCCUUGCUUGGGUUUUGUGGUGAUUUUUGAGUCUUAGUGGCACUAAAAAGGUUCUUAAUGUAUUCUAGUAUUAGAGAAAGACACUUCUUUAAAACUGUUUUAAUUCUUAAUUUUUUUUCUCUAUAUUUCUCUUACAUUCUCAUAUUAUACCAAGUAUACUUAAGCCACAUCAUAUCCUUGUGUAUAUUAAUUUAAAUUAAUAAUACCUUUUGAAUAUUUUCUCCUUCUACAUUUUACCCUGCAAUGUUUCUGGAAAUACUUGACCCAACAAUAGAAAUUCAAUUGUGUACUUUAAAAAAGCAGUUGACCUGGUUUAAAAAAAAAACAAUUUUUAAAUUUUUAAAUUGUUUUAUUAGAAAUUUAAAUAAAUAAAUUCAGAGUGGUUGGAUGCAUUUAUAAAAGAGUUAGAUAAUUUCAAGAAGUUGUGAAACUUUGACAAAUUCGGUCACCCUGAACUUGAGAUGACUUGAUGUAUCGUUUUAAUGAGAUUUUUGGCCAAGCCUGAAAAAUUUGAAUUGCUAAGCAAGGUUUAAAUAUACAUAAAGAUUUAUUUUUGAACAAUCACAAACUCUAAGCUCGGCCCAAAGAGGACUGAAACCUAAAAAGAUCAAGGCCUGUCUGCUCCGAGCUGACUGUGUCUUUCUUGGGCUUGCAAAGUCCUUUUCUUCUUAAAGUUUAAGUUUCAACAAGUUUUUAUAAAUGUGUCCCACCUUUUCAUCUGCCAGGUAGUGAAAGACCAGUGACGUUAGAGUAAUGGUCAUUAAAGUACUCCAUGUUAUCUAUUACUAUAGUAUUAGUAAAUUUUGUAUCCCUUUCUAUCUUUUUUUUUACUUCUGUGCUGAAAUGAAUUAUUUAUUUUAUGUUUCACUAAUUGAUUUCAUUAAACUUUUAACAAGCCCUUGCCCUUCAA